AUGGCUCAAGAUGGUGAUGAGACUCAAUCUGUAGUUGAGAGCUUGCCUGACGCGCCUCCUGUCAAGCAGUCAUACCGGUCCUUCAAAAAGAAGUUUGCAAAGAUGAAGCUUAAGUUCGAACUUGAGAUGAAAGAGAGCGAAGCUCUCAUUCGGGAGCAGCUGCGCAUAGAGGAUCUGUCAAAGCGGAUUCAAGAGCAGAAUGAUCAAUUACUCGAGGUUCUUCUUGAGUUUAACGACAAUCUUCACAUGCCGCCAACCUUGCGAUAUGACCUCAGCGUCCCGGGUGACCCCGUCUUUCCUACAAGCUCCGAAAGCGGCAGUAUGACGAUGAUCAGUGACCCAGCAACAGCAAGAUCCGUUCUCAAUGAAGCCAGGGUAGAAGUGGCAGCUGGUACUCUUACACCCGAAAGCUAUCGUUCGGUGGAGAACGCCGUGAAGCGCGGGAAGGCGUUCGCUCCGGAGUUGCAGUACACCACCUUAUUAAGGACCCCACAUACGGUACCGCCACCAGAAGGCCAGCAGCAGUCUGCAGACAAUGAAAUCUCGAAUAACCUGGGGUUUCUGACACCUGAGCACGAGACUGACUACUGUUUGACCUUGGAUGCAAGCCUGGGAGAUGAAUCGGCAGCCGUGCAGCUGAGCCGCGCCCCUGAGAAACCUUCGCUUGCUGAACGCGAACGUGCGCUUACCAUGAAGAACCCAGUAUCUGUCUAUAAUUGGUUGCGGAAAAACCAGCCACAAAUCUUCUUACAGGACAACGAGGUUACUUCGGAGAAGUCUGGCUCUCGACCUGCAAAUCUACGCUCCUCGAAACGGGUUUCAGGACAAGUUCGCAAGAACGAGGACAUAUAUGAUGAGGAUGGAAUUCUAAUGGAAGUCGGGUCUACGUCAGGAAGUGCAAGAGGCAAGCGCAAGCGCGAUGAAGACACUGGCUACAGACCAAAGGGUGGAAGCAGCCGUCCAAGCCGCAAGAAGAAGGACGAUGGUGCUUCUAAUGGAAAGCGGGCGUCGAAGAAAUGA